UUACUAAUACUCAAGAUUCAUAUAAGUGUGGCAUACAAAUUAGUUAAGUUAGAGUUUCCUUUCAAACCUUCCUUUUCUCCCUUCACAAGGGACAAUUUAGAGAGUGAGAGAGAGAUUUCAUAUAAGAUCAUUAACCAUGUCGUCCCAUACUCAUCUAUCUUUCGCCUUUGGGGUUCUAGGCAACAUUUCCUCCUUCGUCUGUUUUCUCGCACCACUACCAACAUUUUAUAGAGUUUGUAAGAAGAAAUCAACGGAAGGUUUCCAGUCAAUUCCUUAUGUGGCUGCACUCUUCAGUGCAAUGCUUUGGAUAUUUUAUGCCUAUGUGAAGACAGGAGAAACACUUCUAAUCACCAUCAAUGCAUUCGGUUGUGUAAUUGAGACUAUUUACCUUGCCAUUUAUGUUGCUUACUGCCCCAAGAAAGCUAGGAUGUCCACGUUGAGGAUGAUUGUGUUGAUGAAUUUUGGGGGAUUUUGUGCCAUUGUCGUCUUAACUCACGUCUUAGCAAAAGGAGAAGCCCGUUUUAAACUUCUCGGAUGGAUUUGUGUAGUUUUUGCUACUAGUGUUUUCGCAGCACCUUUAAGUAUUAUUAGAGUGGUUAUUCGAACCAAAAGUGUAGAGUUCCUUCCUUUUCCCCUUUCACUUCUCCUCCUAAUAAGCGCGGUUAUGUGGCUAUUGUAUGGUAUUUCUCUCCGAGAUAUCUAUGUUACUCUCCCGAACGUUGUGGGGUUAGUAUUCGGAAUAGUUCAGAUAACACUAUACGCAAUAUACAGAAACAGCACGCCCGUACAGGAUCAGAAGAAGCUUCCAGAACAUAAAGGAGAUAUAAUUAUUAACAACAAUGAAAUUGAAAUCGUAGUUCCAUCAAAUAUUAUUGAUGAGAAGAAACAAGAAGAGAGUAUUGAAAUCGAGAUUGAGGAGAAAAAAGAAGAGAAGCAAGAAGAAGAAAAAACAGAGGUGAAUAAGAAGGAGAACAAUAUUAGUAUGAAGAAAACAGAGGAGAAGCAGAGUAAUUGCGAAGUUAAAUGAAAAAAGAAAUUGAGUGAAUGUUCGAUUAACGUGUAAGAUUGUAAGAUGCAUAAAAAGAAGAAGAGACGGUGUAGAUAUCGACGUCUGUAUCUUUAUCUCUCUACAGUACACAUUACUUUUUAACUUGUAUCUGUAUCUUCACUUUUUUUUAUCAUGUCAUUUUUCUUUUUCUUAUGUAUACUUCUACCAAAUUUCAAAUAAAUACUACAUUAUAUAUGCCCCCAA